AACGCCUGCUGGAGGAGUCCCAGCGUAAAAAAGGUCCGGGAGAAGUGUCAGCGGCCGGGAGUGGGACCCUGCAGUGCAUUCUUUCCGUGCCAGCGGCUGUCCCCGCGGCUGGGCGGGCUAGGGCAGGGGAGAUGUUGCAGGAGGAGUCGGACCUGUCUCUCAUCAUUGCCCAGAUAGUCCAGAAACUCAAGGGCUCCAAUUUGUACGCUCAGCUGGAACGGCAGGCCUGGGCCUGCCUUCAGAGACCUGAGAUCAGACUUGAGUCACUCAAAGAAGAUAUUAAGGAAUUCUUUAAAGCAUCAGGUUGGGAGAAGAAACUUCAGAAUGCUGUUUAUAGUGAACUGAAUGUGUAUCCUUUGCCCAGUCAUCCUUCUGCACCUCCGGAGCAUCUCAAGGAACCUUUGGUGUACAUGAGGAAAGCACAGGGAAGUUGGGAAAAAAGAAUCCUGAAGAGUUUAAAUAGUAUGUGCACUGAACUGAGUAUCCCAUUGGCACGAAAGAGACCAGUUGGAGAACAGAAAGAACUUCUCAAUAAAUGGAAUGAAAUGGGAACUGAUGAGCCAGAUUUAAGCCUUUUUCGACCUGUUUAUGCACCUAAGGAUUUUCUUGAGGUAUUAAUUAAUCUCCGCAACCCAAAUUAUGAAAAUGGUGAUUCUCUUAGUUUUAGGACUCAUUUGGGUUUAAUUCAAGUUCCUCUGAAAGUAAAAGACAUCCCUGAAUUGAAAGAAUGCUUUGUAGAACUUGGCUUAAAUACAGGACAACUGGGUAUAGAUGAUUCUACACAAGUGCCUCCUGAACUUUUUGAAAAUGAGCAUGUGCGUAUUGGGCAAAAAGUUCUAGUGCAGCAGGAUAGCGCUGCUGCCCAGCAGUACAUCCGACAAGGAAGUCCCACAGCACUGAGAGCUGAGCUCUGGGCACUCAUUUUGAAUAUCUCCAGUCAACCUGAGGACAUCCUGUAUUAUGAACAGCUUAAGACCAAUGUGAUACAGCAUGACCUUUUGGUGGACAGUCUAAUAUAUAAAGAUGUGAAGCUGACAGCAAGCAACGAUGAUUACUAUUUUGUUUUUGAAGAUUACUUAUAUCAGGUAUUACUUUGCUUUUCACGGGAUACGUCUGUAUUGAGUCACUUUGCAUACAACAGUGCUUCACCACCGAAAUCAUACAUCAGAGGAAAGCUAGGAUUAGAAGAAUACGCUGUCUUUUACCCACCGAAUGGUGUAAUCCCUUUCCACGGAUUUUCCAUGUAUGUUGCACCACUGUGUUUUCUGUAUCACGAACCAUACAAGUUGUAUCAGAUAUUCCGGGAGAUGUACGUCCGCUUUUUCUUCAGACUCCACUCCAUCUCCUCUCAUCCUUCCGGUAUUGUGUCACUCUGCUUGCUGUUUGAAACUCUUCUUCAAACGUAUCUUCCCCAGCUCUUUUAUCAUCUGAGAGAAAUUGGAGCUCAACCACUCCGUAUAUCAUUUAAAUGGAUGGUUCGAGCUUUUUCUGGAUACUUAGCUACAGAUCAACUCUUGCUUUUGUGGGAUAGAAUCCUAGGAUACAACUCUCUGGAAAUUCUUGCUGUGCUGGCAGCUGCCGUGUUUGCUUUCCGAGCGGUGAACCUGAUGGAGGUGACAUCACUGGCUGCAGCUGAAGCAGUUCUGGCUGACCUUUCUACUUUAAAAGUUAUGCCUCUUCUUCAAAUUUUUCUGUUUGCUACUGUCACCUGAUCUUCGAGGUCACUGACAACACAUCUAGUUUUUCAUUAGAAACUAAUCAUGAACUAUGCAAACUCUGCAUACAACCAAAAUUAAACUUUGCAUAUAAGCCAAUAAAGAUCAUGUUCCCUCCUCAGUUAAAGCUAAGAAGUCUUUCACUUUUUGAGACAAUAGCCCUGCACACCAAAUACUGCGCUUGCAUGCUGAUUGAUGACUGUCAAGAGAAAAGCAGUUGACAUCUCUUCUGCUGAACCAAGCAUCCUACAGGCACAGACUCCUAACUUGUACCAGGCACGUACCAUAUAUGCAAUAAGAACUAAAGGCACUCUAAUAAACUUCAAGAGGUAACACAGCUUCUUGUCAGUUUGUAAACUUCUCAUAGAUAAUAGUUCCGUUUUAUAAACUGCCCCUCACUAAAGCCAAUGAUGGGAUAGGACAUGAAAAUGCUUGGAAAUAAUAAUGUGUUUGAGUGGGAUUUCAAAUGUGCUUUGGUAUUUUUUUAAUCAAUUUUUAAUUUAUGAUGAAUUUUCAGAUCCCUUCCAUCUUCUUUCUCCAUUAAACAUCUCUAUCUGAAAAGUUA